UUGAAUUAUUAUUUUAUCUACAAGUGGUUUCAGUUUAAUUAUUAUACAGGUUUCAGCACUAUACAAAUAUAUUACUAAGCAAUGAGCAUGGUUAGUGCACUGCAAACGGCAAACACUUGAGAUUCCUUGUGCUUUUAGAAACCCAGAGAUCUGAAUACAUUACAUCGAUCUACCUACAACAACUUUCCUCAACCCCCUUCAUUCUUUUCUCAUCAUCUUCUGGACUUGAUUUUCAAUCAUGGCUGCAAAACUUGAGGGUCGAGCUUAUCUCUCUUCUUUUGUUGAUGCUGUUUCAAAGAAGCUGUCUUCAAUACUUGAAGAUGACUUUGUACUCGAAAGAAACGACUCUGAGCUGAAAUUGCUUGAAAGGUUGGAUGAUUGUCUGUGUGAUGUUGGACCUGUGCUUGAUGAUGCUGAGCUGAUGCAGUUCAGUGACGAGAGAGUAAAGAAGUGGCUUGUUGAUCUCCAAGAUGCUCUCUAUAUGGCUGAUGACUUUCUCGAUGAACUCUCCACUAAAGCUGCCACUGCUACUCCAAGGGAUCCAAGUAACUCUUAUGACUGGUCUCGCCCUGUUGAUUCAAUUAUUGAAGAUAGUGGUGUCAAUGUCAUUGAAAAAAUAGUUGCCAAACUAGAGUCUAGUGUACGACGAAAAGGUAAACUUUGUCUGAGAGAGAGUGCCAAGGUGGACUUCUCAUCAUGGAGAAUUCCAACAACAUCUCUUGUUUUAAGUUCCGACAUAUUUGGUCGGGACAAAGACAAGAACGAGAUAAUAAAAAAGCUGUUAGAUGAUACCCGUGAUGCCGAAUCACCUGGGACUGUGAUCCCUAUUGUGGGUAUGGGUGGGAUAGGAAAAACUACUUUGGCUCAACUGGUUUACAAUGAUGCCGAAAUCGUGGGAAAAUUUGACACUAGAGCAUGGGUUUGUGUUGCUGAAAAUCCUGACCCUGUUAAUGUUACAAGGACAAUAAUAGGGGCAAUAGAUUCUUCUCCCUGUAACAUGGAUCAUUUUGAUUCACUUCAGACUGAUUUGAAGAAAAAAUUGACAGGAAUGACAUUUUUAGUUGUUUUAGAUGAUGUCUGGGAUGAUCGACGAGACAUGUGGGAGAAUUUUCUAAAACCUUUUCAAUAUGGAAAUGAUAGAAGUAAGAUUCUCCUAACAACCCGUAGUGAAAAGGUUGCUUCUGUGUUCGCAGCUAACAAUCUACAUUAUCGACUAAGUUUAUUGUCAAAGGAAGACUGUUGGUCUGUGUUUUUGAAGCAUUCAUCCAUUUCUACUAAUUCUAAACAAUAUGCAGCUCUAGAACCAAUUGGUAGAAAAAUUGUUGAAAAGUGUAAGGGGUUACCUUUGGCUGUGAAGACACUUGGGGGCUUAUUGCGCAAUAAGUAUAAUGAAGGAGCUUGGGAGAAUAUACUUGAAUGUAAAAUCUGGGAACUCUCUGAAGAUGACAAUAUGAUUGUUCCUGCAUUAAGAGUUAGUUAUCACUACCUCCCUUCACAUUUAAAGCGGUGUUUUGUAUAUUGCUCAUUAUUUCCUGAGGAUUAUGAAUUUGACAAAGAUGAAUUGAUUUUGUUAUGGAUGGCUGAAGAUCUUUUACAAUCAAAGGAGAACAACACAUUAGAAAAAAUUGGUUGUUCUUAUUUUGAUGAAUUAGUUGCAAGGUCAUUUUUUCAACCUUCUAGUACUCAGAGAGGGUUAUUUGUAAUGCAUGAUCUCAUGCAUGAUCUAGCAACGUUUUUUGCUGGGAAAUUCUAUUUCAAACUCAAAGAAUUUGGCCAUCUACACAAGAUAGACAACAAAACUCGUCAUUUGUCAUAUGCUACAAAAUAUGAGGAUAGCAUCAAAUUAUUUCAAGGUGUCUAUAAUGGAGCAAUACACAUCAAAACAUUUUUAGAUCUUACUUGGCUUUGCUAUGGUCAAUCAAUUGAUAUUGAAAGCGAUUCUUGGCUCUUACGACAACAAUUUGUGUGUUUAAGAGUUAUGUCAUUUAAACACUUUUCUAUAGAGUCAUUGCCUGAUUUCAUAGGUGAAUUGAUUCAUUUGCUUUAUUUGAAUGUCUCUAACACACCUAUUGUGACAUUGUCCGAGUCAUUAUGUAAGUUAUACAAUCUCCAAACUUUGAAGUUGAGAAAUUGUUUUAAGCUAGAGAUGCUUCCCAGUCGCAUGCAAGAUCUCGUUAACCUGCACUACCUUGACAUUCGAGGUGCUUUUCGUCUGAAAGAGAUGCCGAAGGAAAUGAGCAAGUUGAAACAUCUAAACUUCUUAAGUGAUUAUAUCAUGGGCAAGCACGAAGAGAAUGGGAUAAGAGAAUUGGGAACACUGGACAAUCUUCAUGGCUCAUUUUGCAUUUCCAACUUGGAGAACAUCAAGAAUAGUGGUGAAGCUUUGAAGGCAAAGAUGGGUAACAAGAAGCACAUUGACACUUUAACAUUGAAUUGGCUUCCAAACGGUGACAUUGAUGAUUUUCAAAGUGAAAGAGAUAUACUUGACAAGUUACAACCUCAUCAAAACUUGAAAGAGUUAUCAAUUGUGGGUUAUCGUGGUGAAACAUUCCCAGAUUGGUUAGGCCUUUCUUGCUACUCUAAUUUGACCAAAUUGAAUCUGUAUUUUUGUAUGAAUUCUUGUGAGCUUCCUUCACUGGGACAGUUACCCUCUUUACAGCAUCUGGAGAUUUCUAAACUUGAUGGGUUGGAGAAAAUUGAUUCUGAGUUCUACAACAAAAACAAUGCAUCAUUUCAGGAGAAGACACCCUUCAGAUCUCUUGAAACUCUGAAAAUUGAGUAUAUGUAUCGUUGGCGGGAGUGGCAUUUUCCUGAUGAGUUUGAUGGUUUUCCUGAGCUUAGAAUCCUUGAAAUAAGAAGCUGUCCGGUGUUAAGAGGAGAUCUGCCUGCUCACCUUCCGGCUCUGGAGGAACUUAUCAUUGUUGGAUGUGAAGAGCUUGCAUGUUCGCUGCCAAGGGCUCCCAAGCUUCACGAAUUACAUGUGCUGAAUUCUGGUUUUUAUACGGAUGCGACCACGCACAAUGUAGACAUCACAGGAACCCAGCUGGCGAAGUCCGUAUUGGAGUGGCUGCCCCACAUCCAACCGCCACGCGUCCAACAUCUGUUUAUCAGUCACUGUUAUUCAGCCAUAUCAAUUUCAGCAGAUUAUGUGCCUGCUUCGUUACAAUAUCUUGUCAUCUGUGAUUGUCCAAAAUUAACAUUCUCAGAGCAACUGCACCACAAGUCACUAACGGAGAUAGAUGUGUACGAUUGUGAUUCACUGACGUUGUUUCCAUUGGGGGCCCUUCCAAAUCUCAAGAAACUCGCAAUCCGUGGAUGCAAAAACAUGGAAUAUGUUGAGAUGCCACAGACUCUUCCAAGUCUCUGUUAUAUAUGGAUCACAGAAUGUCCCGGUUUAGUAUCCCUGCCGGCUCUAGCGUUGGCUGCUCCCCACCUACAGGAGCUGUAUAUACGCAAUUGCCCAGAAAUCAAUUGUUUUGCUGGGGAGUGCCUCCCGCCGAGUCUGAAAACUCUUCAAGUUGUUAAGUGCCAGAAACUAGAGAUGUGGAUAACAUCACAGGGUUUGCAGAGUCAAGGCCUUACCCGUCUAAUCCUUCACGAAUGGAAUGAAGUUAAGUCGUUCCCAGGAGAGGGUUCACUUCCUGCUUCUCUUGUGUGUCUAAAAUUGUCUACAUUCUCAAAUCUGGAGACGCUUGAUUGCAAGGGGCUUCACCAUCUUACCUCCCUUAAAAAUUUAGCAAUUCGUAACUGUAGAAAGCUUGAGAAUAUCACAGAAGAACAUUUGCUUGCCUCCAUAGAAAAUAUCUACUUAGGGGAAGAAUGUCCUUUGAGGCGUAAGUUGGAAGAGAUGGAAGAUCCACAUAUUCAAUUCGUUACAGUAUUUGCACAUGCUGUGGAUAACUAUUAAUGCUACUGUUGAUUCUGAUUUUGUACCAUGCAAUGAGAGUGGCCGCAUACAGCUUUACCCUCAUGGAAGAUUGAAGAGUCAACAUAAAUUCAUGGCUGAGGCAAUGUGAGAAUUGGGGUGCACUGAAGUUUAUGAAUGGAGCAACUUGCUAUACCAAUGAAUCUCUAGAAUCACCUAUUAUAUGCCAAGUGAAGAAUUUGCUUCUGCUGCAAAGAAAGCAAAUAAUCAAGCUUGUGAGGAAUCCUGCUCUUUUUGAUGUAUUAGUGAUGCCAAACCUUUAUGGUGAAGUUAUUAGUGACCUCUGCUGGCAUGGUUGGGGGUUUGGGUUUGACACCAAGCUGCAACAUCGGGUGAGGGAGGUAUUGCACUAGCCAAGGCUGUACAUGGUUCAGCACCUGAUAUUGCUGAAAAGACUUGUGCUUGUGUAGAAUUUGGCAAAUCCAACUGCUUUACUGCUUAGUGGUGUUUCAAUGUUGCGCCAUUUGAAUCUCCAUGACAAAGCCGAAGAAAUUCAAAGCGCCAUCCUCAACAUAAUGGCAGAGGGGAGGCAAAGCAAAGACAACCAA